AUGUCAUCAUUAUUAUUCAGACAAACACGUUGUAUUGUAUCGCGUCAUAUAAGCAUAAGGCCAUUAUCCCAAAGUGUUCAAAGGCCAUUCAUCAGUAACUUUUUUGGUUCAAAACAAUUGAAACAGAGAGAAGAUAUAAUUCAGAAUCAAGAUAACUAUGAAACAGACCAAGACUCAAAAAUUGUGAUAUUGGAUGAAGAAAAUUCUCCUGAAUUCAAGCCAUUUAUUGCCAGUGAAGAGAUGCCAGAUUUCCAAGUUUCACAAUGGAAAAACCAAAUUGUGAGAAAUAAAGAUAUCGAGAAUACUUACUCACCUGAAUUAUUACAAAACGUCAUCAACAAGACAUAUCAAGAAGUAAACGGUAUAGAAUUAAAUGGUGAUUAUUCAUCAAUUAGUUUGAAUGACUUGGAAUUUAGAUUUAAAUUUUCUAAGCUUUUACAGCAGAACUUAGGGUUUGAUAUCAAUGACUACGUCUUGACCAAAUCGCAUACUUUAGAUGCUUUAUAUAACGAAUUAUGUGAUUUAAUUUCCACGAGAUGGACCGAUGAAAGGAAUCCAAAUGCUAUUGUUCUUCGCCGUGAAGAUUUCACUGCUCCUAAUGUUUACUUAAAUGAAGAAUUAUCCAAAGAAGAACAAGAAACCGUAUAUAAUGAACUCCUCGAAAAGGCUAAGGAGGCUUCUCUUAACUAA